AUGAACAGGGGAGGUCCUCUUAAUGACAUAUUACGGGAGACAAGAAUUGAUAAGCGUACUGGGGUGGACUGGAAAAAUUUCUGUAGAGAAGUUGUGGUCUUUAGUUCAUUCCAGACGCAUUUGCAAAUAGGCAGCCCUGGUAAAAUUGUCGAGAUCGACGAAUACAAAAUCGGAAGGAGGAAGUUUCACCGUGGCCAUGCUGUUGAGGGGCAAUGGGUUUUCGGCGGUGUUGAACGGGAAACAAAUAAAUGUUUUAUUGUUCCCGUUGAAGACCGCUCGAAACAAACCUUGCUGCCCCUCAUUAAAAAGUAUAUACGACCCGGUUCAGUUAUUAUUUCCGAUUUUUGGAAGUCUUAUGACACCUUGGAUGAGGAGGGGUACACCCAUUAUAAAGUCAAUCACUCGGAGCAUUUUGUGGAUCCCGAGACGGGGCACCAUACCAACACUAUAGAGGGUUUAUGGCGCCACCUCAAGGUAUCACUUUCUGCAUAUAACCGUAGAAAAAUAUUUUUCAACGGUUAUAUACAGACAUUUAUAUUCUUGAGGUGGUGCAACGCUAACCAGAAAAAUCCAUUUGAGGAAUUUCUGCGCUUUGCUGGACAACUUUACGACCCCACAAAUACUAAAGUUGAACAGCAAAGGCAGGAAUUCCAAAUGCAUUUAAUGGAACCCUCUAUAGUGUUGGAGGUGAGUGCUUCUGAGGAUAGCUCCGAGGAUGAGGACGCACCACCCAAAAAAGAAGGCGCCUUUAACAAAAAUUAA